GGGGGGGGGGAUACCCGGGUGGUAACUUUUGCUCUCGAUGGGAUUAUCGGUUGACUUUCGAAACGGGCCGCUGUUAGUCUGUCGGCGGCGGCGACGGCACCCGGAGGUCGUGCUCGUUGCUUCCUCCUCCUCCUCCUCUUUCCCUCCUUCCCUCCCCCUUCCUUCUGUUUGUUUCCCUUCGACGCCGGCUAUGAGCGAGUGAGGUUAAGGCGCGCGCCCGCCGAGGAACACGUACCGACAACUCACAACAUCCGCGCGUUAUCGACGCCAUCUCUCGUCUCCCGGCGACCCGGCGCUGGAAGCGAGGCGGCUGCACUACUUCGGCGCGGCGCGGUGAAAGCCCUGCAGCACCUCCCAGCAUGCAGCGCGGCGCCGAAUGAGGUGACGUCGAGGUUACGCGCUUGAUUCGCCUUCCAGCGGACCUGGGUUCGAACACAGGUUCGGGGCGGGCCCAACCGACGCUUCAAGGUCCUCGCCGAGGCGCCGGCAGCGGCCCAGAAGGGCGUCGACUCCCGCGAGACCCUCUUCCCAGAAAAGGGCGCGCUAACGAGUUCAGGGGGUGGAACUGGAGAAGACAUAGUUCCCCGAGAGGCGUGCGUGGCGCAAGAUGACGGGAGACCUCCGGCAAGACACUAGCACCGGGCAACUCUUCGGCGUCUAGGACCAAGCAGAGGAUCGUCGCCUUUGAAGGGCGCGGUCGGCUCCAGCCAGCCAGCACCACUCCGCGCCUUGCCGCCUCCGCACACCUGCACUACUUCCUUGGCGAGAGCCGCGCGGAGCGACAUGGCGGCCGUGCGAGGCUUGCUGCUGCUCGCGGCCAUCGGCCACCUGGGGGCCGCCUCGCCGUCGAUCCACAAGCACAUGAGCGAGGCUGAACUGAGAAGGGUGUUCCAGGUGGAGAAACAUGACCAAGUGCCGGAGUACGAGGUGGUGCCAGUGUCGGGCCACGCGGAGCUGCCGGACCAGAGGUCGCUGCGGCUGAAGGCGUUCGGCCGCGACGUGAGGCUGAAGCUGCAGCGCGCCACCGGGCUGUUCCCCGAGGACGGCGUGAAGGUGUGGACGGCCGAGGCCAACUCCUCGCAGCCGGGCAGCGUGCAGUACACCGAGCUGCCUCAGGAGGAGGACGAGGACAUCGGCGAGCUGUACCAGGACGAGGAGAACGUGGCGGCCCUGCUGCUGCACAGGGACAGCGUCGACGGAGGCACGCUCGUCGAGGGCACGAUAGGCCACGACCUGGUGGUGAGGCCCGUGCCGGCCGGCGUGAGGCAGCACCUGGACCAGGCGGACGACGACGAGGUGUUCCUGGACGAGGAGGACGAGGGGCUGGCGGGCGACGUGGCCGUCAGGGCGGGCUUCCCGCUGCGCCGCAGCCGCCGCAGCCGCGCGCCCCAGGGCCGCCAGCACAUCGUGUACCGGCGCAGCGCGCCCGCCGACCCGGAGGACCCGCUCGGCGACUACGCGUUCAUGGAGCCGGAUCACCUAGCUAAGAAAUACCGGACCAGGAGAUCGGUGAGCAAGCGAGAAGCGCCAUACGUCAUCUAUCCGGAGAUACUCGUCAUCGUGGACUACGAUGGCUACAGACUCCACGGCGGCGACAACGUGCAGAUCAAGAGGUAUUUUGUGUCGUUCUGGAAUGGCGUUGAUCUCAGGUACAAGCUCCUGAAGGGACCGAAAGUUCGCAUCAGCAUAGCAGGGAUUAUAAUAUCCAGGGGUCGAGACGCGACGCCCUACCUGGAGCGGAACCGCGUGGGCCGCGACGCCAUCGACUCGGCCGCGGCGCUCACCGACAUGGGCAAGUACCUGUUCCGGGAGAGGAGGCUGCCCGUCUACGACAUCGCCGUCGCAGUCACCAAAUUAGACAUGUGCAGACGACAGUAUGCUAAUGACGUUUGCAACCGAGGGACCGCAGGUUUCGCAUACGUGGGAGGCGCUUGCGUGGUGAACAAGCGACUGGAGAAAGUGAACAGCGUUGCUAUCAUCGAGGACACGGGCGGCUUCUCUGGAAUCAUCGUCGGCGCACACGAAGUCGGUCAUCUGCUGGGAGCGGUGCACGACGGCUCGCCGCCCCCCAGCUACCUGGGCGGGCCGGGGGCGGAGAAGUGCCGCUGGGAGGACGGCUACAUCAUGAGCGACCUGCGCCACACGGAGCGCGGGUUCCGCUGGUCGCCCUGCAGCAUCGCCUCCUUCCACCACUUCCUCAAUGGAGACACCGCGACGUGUCUCUUCAACUCGCCUCACGAAGACGAGAGCUUGCCCCGAGUGCUGCCCGGGAAACUGCUCACGCUGGACGCCCAGUGCAGGAAAGACCGAGGCACCAGCGCCUGUUUCAAAGACGACCGGGUCUGUGCCCAGCUGUUCUGCUUCGACUCGGGUUCCGGGUACUGCGUCGCCUACAGACCGGCGGCUGAAGGAUCUGCGUGCGGGGACGGCCAGUACUGCCUGAACGGCAGGUGCGUGGCGGAGCACGAGAACAUAAUCCCGGACUACUCGCAGAACACGCCCACGUACCUGCGUCGCAGCGACACCGGCCUGGCAGCCACGCAGUCGCGCCCGGUCUACACCAGCGCCCCCAACAGCACCACCAAGAGGUACUCCUGGGAAGAUUACUCGAGCGGCGGUCAGACGACUCAGACGUCAUACAGCUCCACUACGACACAAAACCCAUUCCUGUUGUUCAGGCAGUACUUCACGCCCCCACAGACCACAGCCUACCGGUAUCCCAGCACGAGAGGGUACGACCCCCGCUACCUCGCGCCCACCACAAAGAGCCCCUACGACUUUAGCGACAUCAAGUACGCCACGCAAAACUCGCACGACUACAACUCCAUCAACACCAACAACAAUCAGUAUUACCUCAACGCAACACAGAGUCCGCAGGUAGUUCACACUCUGUCUGCGCCCGUGCCGGGCCAAUUCCAGUCUUCGUUCCUCUCGGCAGCAUCUCAAAACGAUCCUUCUUUCUCGAAUAGUCCGAUAACCGAGGCGCCCGUGUUGGACGACUGCACAGACAAAGUCGCCAACAUUAGCGGCAGCAUGACCUGUGGGGAGUUCCUGACUCGCUACGGUUUCCAGUACUGCUCCUAUCCGUACAUGAAGCGCAACUGCUGUGCGUCCCACGCGCAAGUGUGCGCGCUCGGGCGGAAGUGAGACCAGCCCGUGAAGCGGCUCCGCGCGAGCCGGACUCUUGCAGCACGGGGCUCCCGCGCCUCGCGACCGUGGCUUCUGGCGAGCAUCGGAGAGGGGCCGGCGGCUCGGCACUGCCGCCGCGCCGGGACAAGACAUUCCGGAGUGAAAAAAAGUGCGGAAGUGACUGCGACGAGAGACGAGAUGAUCCAUCUACGCCGUCCCUUCACACGAUGCGCCACGAAAACCCUCCAACACAACCUACAUUUUCUCAUGGUGCCAUUUUAAUGAGAAAAAAAUUUUCUGAUGCUGUUACGUAUCAGUAGAAGUAUUUAUCGAAGAUAAUCUCAAGAGCUGUGCGUUCAAAUAAGUACAAGACAAAAAAAAUGCCAUCAGGCAUAGUAGAAAUCUCUAACUUAACAAUGUGUAAAGUAAUUAUGUAUGAAGGAAUUCUUGGAAUGAUAUUUUCAUUCUUUUGGUCGGACAUUCUGUCGAGAGGAUACGGAAAGGAAAAUGGCUCAUCUGCGUUUCUAGAAUUUGUACUUGGUAAGAGAAAAAUGACACUCCCUUCCUCCUUACUUGAAGAAUUUAAAAGAAAAAAACUAUGGAACCUUCAAAGGCUAUAAAUAAUAGGUGAUACUUAUAGAUUAUUUGCACUUGGCUACAUUGGUUAGGCACUAGGGUUAUGCCCCCACGGCAGGUCUGUGGUAUCUGGCGAAUACUCUUGAGAGGUGGUGGACUGUAGAUUUCCUCAAGCAUUCCAUGUGUUUCUUUGCUCUGCACUUCAACCAUUUACUAUUUGCUUGACAUGUGACAGGCCAAAAGUGGUAAUAUUACACUCUUUGCAUGAAACUAAACAUGCCAACUAUUAUUUUCAUUGAGUGAAAACUUCCCCAUUUCCCUUUUCUAAUACCAAAAACAAAUAUGGCUUGUCUAGUAAAAUUAACAUUACGUGAUGUGAAGGGAUUCUACUAAGUACAAAAAAAUGUAUUUAUAGAAACAUGUUUCUAAGUGCUAUUAUUUCUCCAUGUGGUCCCGUUAAAAAGACAACUAAUUUUACUAAAAAUGUUGGAUUAAAAAAUUUUCAAACUAAACAAUAUCUUCAUAUCUAUUAAAUUAUGAUCUAGUAGAAUGAUUUUUUAACAUGACAAUACGUAAAUGAAUACGGUUUACUUCAAAAAUUACUACCACUUGUGGAAACUAUAAAGCGAUACCAAAAUUUUGUUUGUAUUAUUUGUGCUAUAAAUAAAAAAGAUCACUAAUUGCUUAUUCUUCUGACAGUUAUUUGUUCCACGAGUGAAGUUAACAAGUUUUAACUGCUAUUGUCGAAGAAGUUUAUGUUUUAGCCACGUUGAAGGCUUAGAGUAUUUUAAUAUUUGGGCUGAAAUUUCAGUGCUAGCUGUAGCAAGCAGUCUCUUAAUGCUAUUGGAGAAGACAAAUUCUUCAAUGCCAGUCAAAAUGUCAAGAUGUCCUGCAAAUAAUGAUGUGGCCAAAGCAAAGUAGUUUACAAAAAUGUGCAUGAAUUUUUUGUUCUUUUAACUUAUAUCCAUUAAAUUUACCAGUUUUAAAAUGUUAAA